UUACCUCUUCAAAAAUCAUGACUGAGAGAUUAUUGCUAACAGCACUGAAGGGUGGCAAGAGCACUAAGAUCCUUACUUUGAAUGGGAAGAAGAUGAGCAAGAUGCCCUCAGCACUGGAAAAACUGCCUAAUCUGAGGACUCUAGACCUUCAGAAUAAUCAAAUCUCCAAAGUAUGCCCUGAGCUAAGGACCUUGACCAAGUUGACAUUACUAAAUCUGGGAAACAACCUUUUACAAGAAGUUCCUGAAGAGAUAAAAUACCUUACCUCCCUGAAGAAUCUUCAUUUAUUUGGAAACAGGAUUUGCAGAAUUGCUGCUGGAGUCCUUGAUGGCCUGGGAGACUUGGUUCUACUUAAUCUGAAUGACAACCAACUUAGCAGUCUUCCUCCAGAAAUUGGCAGAUUACAGAAUCUCACCUUCCUAAGCCUCAACCAUAACAAGCUCACCGUGAUUCCCAAAGAGAUCUGUUUCCUUGAACAUCUUUCGGAACUUCAUAUUAACUACAAUCGGAUCACGCGCAUCCCUGAGGAGAUCAGGUUCCUACAGAACCUUCAGCAGCUUUCUCUGGUCAGGAACAACAUCGAAGAGUUGCCAGAGGAAGUUUGUCAGCUUACAAAACUAGGAGUCCUGGACGUAGCUGGAAAUGUAAUCCAGAUAUUUCCAGCAGGCUUUCAGGAUCUAAAGCUGAGGGAAUUCUACUGUGAGGGAAACCCACUCUUCCUGAAGAAUCCAAUUUUUGCUCCACAACCUAAAGAUCUCUGGACUCUACGGGAAAUAGCAGCAAGAUUUGUCCUCUCUCAAUUAGAAGAAUACAACCCUUUGAUUAUGGAUGCCAUAGAGUGUUACCCAGAGGUCAAGGACAAACUCUCCAAAGCAAAAAAAUGUGCAAUAUGCAGAAAACCUUUUUUAUCUGAGUGGCUGGAAUGCGUUUACUUUGUUCCUCCAUCGAAGGAAGAAGAGCUCUCCUGUUGGUCCAUAUCUGAAGUGGAAGACAGUCAGAAAACCUUUUGAUGUCUAUAGGUGUUCGCUGGACAUUCAAGGCUGAGAUGGUCCAUGUGGGUGGUAUACAUUAUUGAACAUCAAAGAGCCUUCAGUCACUGGAACUUUCAAAUAAAUGUUAUUAAUCUUA